AUGGCCAAGCCCUCUCUAGGGUGCGUCUACAACACACCAACAUGGCUCAAUCCCGCCUUGGAACUAUCUGACGAGGUGGACGUGGAGAAGAGAAAGGCCAUAGCCCUCAACACCGCCGCGGCCUUCGUCGAAUCGUCUCGCAUAGACUUCGGCUACGCCGAACUGUUCGUCGACAUCUCCCCUGAUCCCGCCCGCGACGCAUUCACCGAUCCUCCGAAGGGCUCAGUGAACGAAGCGGAUCGCGAACUGCUAUCAUUCUCACCCAGUGAACGCAAGCACCAUGCCAUCCACGAUCUUUUCGGUCAACACGCAUCCUACGUCACAGAGAUCUUCGACCGUCAGCCUCGUUGGUUCCUCUUCACUGUCAGCGUCCACGGCUCGCGUGCUCGCCUUCUCCGAUGGGAUCAUGCUGGAUGUGUCGUCGCGGAGGGUUUCGAUAUGCGUAGGCAUCCGGACAUCUUAUGCGAGUUCAUCUGGCGAUUUUCGCAGACAACCGACUCCGGACGGGGACACGAUAUUUCCGUCAAGCUCGCUGUGGAGACUGAGCAUGAGAUUUUCGCUGGUGCUAUCCGCAAGUAUCUUCGACUUCAAAUCGCCGAUCACCAGGACCUGGAGAAGGCUCUCCGACAACACUAUGUCCCGGGACGCGUUUACGCCACGGAUGUCCUCCACUUCCGUUUCUCGGCUUCGGAGGAGAACACGCGCAGGUUUCUUUUCUCCCGCCCCGCGACUUCGGCGACCUCCCUGUGGUUUUCAUCAAAGACACCUGGCGACAUGGCGGGGCAGAAGAAGUGGAAGGAGAAACUUUGCGUUGUCUGA